CGUUGUCUCAGCCUAACCAAAGAUAUUAUGUGAAUUUGAAAAUCAGUGGGAAAGACCGGCGAUUUGUAAACAACGAAAUAAGAUGCUUGUCUUCUACAGCAUUAAUAAAUGAAAUUGAAGUCCUGUGCUAAAGUUGCCAUAUAGGGUCUAAAAAUGUCAGGAAGUACUGAGGUCAAAGAAAUAUGUGAAAAAGGAGAUGAUGUUGAAGAAAAGGACAUAUGUACUAUAGUGAGAGGAAGUGUUGGCCCUACUGAGGAUAUUCCAGAAAAGGCUAAAAGUGCUGUCUUAGUAGAAAGUGCCCCACUGCCCGAAGGGACACCGAUAGUUCAGGGAUAUGAUUUUAACAAAGGAGUUAAUUAUCAUGCCCUGCUGGAGACAUUCCGAUUUAGUGGAUUUCAAGCCACAAAUUUUGGUUUAGCUGUAGAAGAAAUAAAGAGAAUGAUAACUUGUCGGAGGCAGCCACUGUCUGAAGAAUUGCAGGACAAAUUGGAAGAAGAUGAAUUCAUAAAAAGGAAAACUAAUUGUACAAUUUUUUUGGGCUACACAUCAAACAUGAUAUCUGCUGGUGUUCGGGACACUAUUCGCUUUCUGGUCCAGCAUAAUUUGGUGGACUGUGUGGUCACAACAGCUGGUGGCAUUGAGGAAGAUUUUAUUAAAUGCCUAGCACCAACAUAUAUUGGCGAUUUUCAUCUAGAUGGCCGCAGGCUACGUGAAAAGGGCAUCAACCGGAUAGGAAAUCUUCUUGUCCCAAAUGAGAACUAUUGUCGUUUUGAAGACUGGGUGAUGCCUAUUUUAGACAAGAUGCUGCAAGAACAAAAGGAGAAGGGUACUCUAUGGACACCAUCCAAAAUGGUUGCAAGGCUAGGGGAAGAAAUUAAUAACCCUGAUUCUGUAUAUUACUGGGCAGCCAAAAACAAGAUUCCAGUAUUUAGCCCAGCUCUAACUGAUGGAAGCCUUGGUGAUAUGAUGUAUUUCCACUCGUAUAAGAAUCCUGGACUUGUCUUGGAUAUCAUUCAAGAUCUUCGCCGGUUGAACACAAUGGCAGUUAAGGCUGCUAACACUGGAAUGAUCAUAAUAGGAGGUGGUGUUAUUAAACAUCACAUCUGUAAUGCUAAUUUGAUGAGGAAUGGAGCAGAUUACGCUGUUUUCAUCAAUACUGCAUCUGAAUUUGAUGGUAGUGACAGUGGUGCCAGACCCGAUGAAGCAAUUUCAUGGGGAAAGAUACGAAAGGAUGCAUCUCCUGUCAAGGUUUAUGCUGAGGCAUCAUUGGUAUUUCCACUUCUGGUUGGUGAAACAUUCGCCAAGCAGUAUCAUGCCACAAAAGAAAAAACUAUAUCUGAUGUCUGAAGUAUUAUUAAUUUUUGUGAAUAACAAAAGAAAUUUUAACUUA